GGACCUGGCAACCCGGCUGCUCCCUCUGACUGUGACUCGGGUGGAGCACGUUUGAACUUUUCUUUUAGGAUCUCUUAUGUUUUUUGUUGAUGUUUCUAAAUAAGUAAACUAGCCCAUAAAUUGAGAAUUAAGUUAUCUUUGAAUGAAGACCCAUUCUUACAAUUUGAACAGUUCUCACCGUUUGUAGCAGUCUUUGUGUGACAUAAGCUGAUAAAGAUGGGGUUAAAAGAAGAGAAGAAGGAAACAUGUGGGACCAUCUGCUUGAAAUACUUGCUCUUCUCCUUCAAUUUCCUGUUUUGGCUGGCAGGAGGUGCAGUGAUGGCUGUGGGCACCUGGACGAUAGUUGAGAAGAGCGAUUACAUCAGUCUGCUGUCCUCAAAAAUUUAUGCUGUCUCUGCCUAUAUACUCAUCAUGGCCGGGGUGAUUGUCAUGGUAACUGGGGUUUUAGGCUGCUGUGCCACCUUCAAGGAGCAACGACGCCUUCUGAGAGUGUAUUUUGUCCUAUUGCUGUGUGUUUUCCUGUUGGAAAUCCUUGCUGGAGUUUUGGCCUACAUUUAUUACCAGCAGCUGAAUGAGGAACUGAAGGAGAACCUGAGAGAGACUAUGGUUCAGAAAUAUCAUCAGCCUGAGCAGGAACAUGUGACAAAGGCUGUGGACAAACUACAGCAGGAGUUCAAGUGCUGUGGCAGUAACAACUCCUCCGAUUGGGCGGAGAGUGUUUGGAUCCGCUCUGGUGAUGCUCAGCGACGGGCUGUCCCUGACAGUUGCUGUAAGAGCCCAGUCAUACAGCUCUGUGGUCAAAGAGACCACCCCUCAAACAUCUAUAAAGUUGAGGGUGGCUGCAUCUCAAAGCUGGGGAACUUCAUUCUGAAUCACUUGCAGAUCAUUGGUGCGGUGGGAGUGGGCAUAGCCUGUGUGCAGAUUUUCGGCAUGUUUUUCACCUGCUGCCUGUACAGGAGUCUGAAAGCAGAGCCAUACUGAAGAGACACAGCUCAACUACUGCAUUAAUCAAUGAACAUCAUCCUCCAUGCCAUUUUUGUUUCACAAAUUUUAAAGGUGAAGUAUGUUUCUGGGACACUAUAGUGGCAUCUAAUGGAAAUGUCCUUUCGCGUGUCGUGCCUCCCCUAACUCAAACAUGACAAAUACAUCUCUUAUGGGUUCUCAUGAAGGCAUGUCUCAACAGGUAAUACUAAGCUAUUUUUAAUAAAAGCACAAAUUAGGAAUACUUUUAGCUGUUUUGCUAUGUGUCAAAAGUAAGCAAUGAGUAGACUGCAUCCAACAUAGCUGCAAUAGGCGCGUUUUUUUGACAUGCCACACCACGACUGUUUGUGGCGGUCUACAUUGGAUACAUGAAAGUAAACAUAAACUGGUGCAUUUGUGUUUUUGAACGGGUGGAUGAUAAUCCUGUAUGGUACUGAAGCUUUCAUUGUUGCAUUUUAUAUCUCAGCACCCCUUGGCUUUGACCUUUUCAUGACCUGUUUAAUCUUUGAACAUCUAAAUGCAGCACAUUUUUGCUUGCACUUUUUCCCCAUGUCACGCGCAAGUGAUGGUCCCACACUGAGUAAACACCCUCUUGCUCCGCCAGCUACUGUAGACACUCCACUCUCACAACAGGUUGGAAAGAUGGGUCUGAGCAGACUGCUCUCAAUAAAAACAUUGAAUGUUUUGAGGCUCGAUGUUUACAUUUUUUGUAGGAGUUAAAUGAAUUGCAUACUAAAAGUAGUCAAUGAACCAUAAACUGGAUUAGGAGAAUGUAUUUUAACAUUAAGAAAAAAAUUUAAAUUAUUAUAAAAAUUACUUGCAUACUUCACCUUUAAACAGAAAGGAAACCACUGAGGAAUCUGCAGACCAUCUCUGAUUCAGAUCAUUAAAUCAAGUCCUACUACACACAGACACAUAUCCAGUUAUAAAUAUACAGUUUAUGAUUUUAUAAUCAUUUACACAUUUAAUGUACUACUGAGCUAGAAAGUUAAUUUAAAUCCUAUCUCUAAAUGGCUUUAUUAUUCUUAUUGAUUCAAGGCAAUAACUUAAAGUUUGUACUGUAUUUUAUAUAUGAAACCGUAUAUGUACUUGUUUUGUUUUUUCUUUGUGUGAUCUCCCAGAUCCUCAAUCAAAAUAUUAAAUCUCUCCCACAGAA